UGUUCGGCAGUUAGGUGGCCGCGGCGAGACGUGUCCCUAGGUUCGAUGUUCCGCUUGCUUCCAGUACCGGCCCCGGCCCCGGCCCCGGCGGGCUGAGUACCCGCUGCAGGAGUCUUCUCCAGAGGGGCAGCAGGGAGGGAAAGAUGCUGCCAGCCCAGGGUCAGGUGCCCGUGUCUUUCGGGGACGUGGCCGUGCUCUUCAGCCGGGAUGAGUGGUUGCACCUGGACUUGGCCCAGAGAAGCCUGUACCGGGAGGUGAUGCUGGAGAACUACAGCCACCUGGUGUCUCUGGGGAUUCUGUUCUGUAAGCCAGAGGUCAUCUCCCAGUUAGAGCAAGCAGAAGACCUUCAGAUGGUGGCACGUGGAGCACCUCAAAGCACAGGUCUAGGGUGGAAGAGCCUGUUUGAAACCACAGUUUCUAAAGAAGAAAAUAAGGAAAUCUUGAAAAAAAACACUGUUGAUGGUCCUUUUGACUUUCUGCUGGGAAAAACUUACAUAAUUGAGGACCAAUUAGAGGAAGAUCAAGGCAAAAAGAACAAGCUUUUCAGCAAAAUGUUUGUUACUGUUCAGAAAAACUACAUGAAAGAGAAGAGCUUUAAAAGUGUUGAACUUGUGAAGAAUCUCUGUCUAAAAUCUUCGCUUACUAGAAAACCUGGAGGCGUUCCCAGGGGAAGAAAACCCCGCUCACAGUAUUCCAUUCUGUUUAAACAACUAGGAGUCAACACAGUGCGUAAGUGUUACAAAUGUAACAUCUGUGGGAAAAUCUUUCUUCACAGUUCUUCCCUGAGCAAACAUCAGAGAAUCCAUACUGGAGAAAAGCUCUACAAAUGUAAGGAAUGUCGGAAAGCUUUCAGCCAGAGCUCAUCCCUGACACAGCACCUGAGAGUCCACACUGGUGAGAAGCCAUACAUGUGUGGUGAGUGUGGGAAGGCCUUCAGCUUCACCACCUCUCUCAUCGGGCAUCAGAGAAUGCACACUGGAGAGAGGCCCUACAAGUGUAAGGAAUGUGGCAAGGCGUUCAAAGGCAGUUCAUCCCUUAAUAAUCACCGGCGUAUUCACACUGGGGAAAAGCCUUAUAAGUGUAAUGAGUGUGGAAGAGCCUUCAGCCAGUGCUCAUCUCUCAUUCAGCAUCACAGAAUCCAUACUGGGGAGAAGCCAUAUGAAUGUAGCCAGUGUGGGAAAGCCUUCACGUCAAUAUCACGGCUUAGCAGACACCAUCGUAUUCACACUGGGGAGAAGCCCUUUCACUGUAAUAUGUGUGGGAAAGUGUUUAGUUACCACUCGGCCCUGAUUAUCCAUCAGAGAGUUCACACUGGAGAGAAACCAUAUGUGUGCAAAGAAUGUGGAAAAGCUUUCAGUCAAAGCUCAGCACUUAUCCAACAUCAAAGAAUCCACACUGGAGAGAAGCCUUACACAUGUGAGGAAUGUGGGAAGGCUUUCUCCUGGAUCUCCCGGCUUAACAUACAUCACAGAAUCCACACAGGAGAAAAGCCGUAUCAUUGUAAAGAAUGUGGGAAAGCUUUCAGUUCCCACUCUGCAGUCAAUACUCAUCGAAAAAUCCAUACUGGUGAGAAACCUUAUAAAUGCAAUGACUGUGACAAAGCCUUCAACCAAAGCUCGGCCCUAAUCCAGCACCAGAGAAUUCAUACUGGAGAGAAACCAUUUAGCUGCAAAGUGUGUGCGAAGGCUUUCAGACAAAGCUCGUCCCUUAUGACGCACAUGAGAAUCCAUACAGGAGAAAAGCCUUACAAAUGCAGAGAAUGUGGGAAAACUUUUAGUCAGAGUUCAUCUCUUGCAAAUCAUCAGAGGACUCAUAAUUGAGAAAAACUGUAAGGAAAAGGCAUGUGAUAAAUUUUCCAAGAGAAACUCAUUUUACACUAACUGUGACAAUACAUCCUGAGAAAUAGUUGAGGGGUAGAAUAUCAAGUUAGACCUCAGCAAACAUUAGACACUUAAUGAUACAAAAUAAACAUGGGAAUAUUGGGCUUCUGUAAUUUUUUUUCUUAUAUGUCCGUAAGUAAUUUAUUCAAGCUGAGAUUAAGAAGAAAGGAUCACUAUAUUUUCUUUCUAGUGAUGGUUAUUUAACAGCUCCCAGUUUUACCAAGCGUUUCCAGGAAUCUGCUGGUUUAGGUUAAAGUCCAUCCAUGUCACCAGGUUUCAGGUAACAUGAAGAUCUAGUCUGGGGGGCUUUUAGGGAUUAUGCAAACCAGUUAUUCAGGGAAAGAACUAUACCUGUAGCUACCUCACUGUCACUAAAGGUUUUUUUAGUACGCUGGAAACAAAUUCUAUACUUAGAUUUUGUUAAAUAAAACACUUGGUUCAUUUCUCCUCUGUAAGCCACUGACCUGAGAAGAAAAGCACUUGUGUGCAUGAGGUGCACUAUUCUCUGAGCUUGCUUUCCACCUGUUUGUUCCAGCCUCUGUUGAGAUCUAAAGUCACUUUGGGAAAAGCACAGCAUCUCAUUUGUUUUCUCAGAAGUGAAUGCCUUGGCCAUGUCACAUUGUGAUGUAAAGGUUACUCAGAUAACUGCUUUUGCAGUUUGAUGAUAAAUAAUGUUAGAAAAGAAAAAGUAUGUCAUGGUAUAGCAAUAGGGAGUACAACUUUUAACCUCCAAAUUGUGCCUGCUUCCUGAGUUCAGUGGCAACCAGCCACUAAGAAGACUGAGAAACAACGUAGAACUCAAGUCAUUUUCCGAAGAGUCAGCUAACUCGCCCAUGCAUCCCCACCAGACAACUCCAGAGCCCCACAGGGUCUUGCAGGCAGCUCCAAAGAGUCUUCAUUAUGGCUCUUGUUUACUACCUUGAGAAGGGGUUUGAGAAUCAAGUUCCUUGAGAUUCCUAAGACUGGUUUCAUGAUUCUAGUGAACCUCUUACCUCCUGGACGUAAUGUUUCAAUUCAAAAGAAAUACAAAGAAAUACCUACCUAACAUUUCAUCCCUUUCUCUGGUUGUAGUCUUUCUGCCUUUUGUACAAUUAACUGAGUUUUGGGGGUGGCAUGGAUGUCUGAUCAUUCUCAUCUAUUUAUGGCUAAGCAUUGGGCUGUUAAUACCAUGGAAACCAUUAUUUCACAGUCAAUACCACCCACCACAGAAAGUUUCCCUCCAUGAGCAAAGUUAGCAGCAGGUAACCUAUGAUGUAAACACAAAUGUAUAGAAGAUGCCUUUCCAACAGUGAGAAUUAAGUGUUUAAACACAUGAGCCUGUGGGGAACAUUUUACUGUCAGACCACAGCAUUCCAUUCCUGGCCCCACAAACUCAUGGCCAUCUUAUAAUGCUCAAUGCAUUUAUAAGUCCCCAUAAUCUUUUAUCAGCCCCAUCACUUCAGAAGUCUGAAGUUUAAGACUCAAUGUAUUUUCUUAACUGUGAGCCCUGUAAAAUCAAAAACAAGUUAUGUACUUCCAACAGAGAAUGGCACUAGUUAAACCUUUCCAUUCCAAGAGUGGGAAUGUGGACAUAACAAAGAAUCAUCCAAUCAGAGCAAGGCUGAAGUUCAUCAGAGCACACAGCAAAUCUUACAGCUCCAUAUGUGGCAUUUGGGGCAUGUGUUGGAAUCAUUUGGGUCCCAGUGGUCUGGGUAGCUCCAGCCAUCUGGCUGUGCAGCCUGUAGCUUUCCUUGGCAGAUAUCCCAUGGAUCUGGAAUCUCCAACAUUCUGAGGUUUUCAUUGGAAGGCAUUUUAGUGGUUUGAAUGUAAAAUGUCUCCCCAUGGCCUCAUACUUGAAUACUUGAUCCCCAUUUGAUGGUGCUGCAUGGGAAAAUUGUGGAGUCUUUGGGGGACAGAGCCUUACUGGGGGCAGGCCUUGGAGUGUUACAGCCCAGCCUCACUUGCCACAUUUGACUCGCACUGACUGCUUUCCAACUACCUGUGAUGUGAUGGCCUGACCAUUCAUAAUGGACUGUGUCUCCUUGAAGUGUGUGAUGCCUGGCUGUCUGCCUCUGCCAUGCUUGCCCCACCAUGAUGAGACGUCCCUUCAAAACUGACAGCAAGAAAUAAACCAUAAGUUGCUUCUG